GAAAGAAACUGAAACUCGCUCACAGAGUGCGAACAUGGCGGCCCAGCGGAGGACUCUGAUCCACAGUCACCAGAGCUGGACUGAUGACCUACCAUUGUGUCAGCUGUGUGGCGUGGGAGCGGCCCCGAACUGUGUGUAUGGGCCGGAUGGCAAAAGCACCCAGAGCCACCCCAAUGAGGACUGCCACUUCCGCUUUAGUACGGAUUGCUGUUUCUUGUAUGGAGUGUUUAAUGGUUAUGACGGCAGCCGUGUGGCCAAUUUCGUAUCCCAGUGUCUGACUGCAGAGCUAUUACUGGGUCAGCUCAACUUCACCCACUCUGAUCCUGAUAUCCGACGCAUCCUCACUCAGGCUUUUGAUGUGGUGGAGAAAAGUUACUUUGAGACCAUAGAUGACGCACUGGCAGAAAAGGCCAACCUGCAGGCACAACUUCCUGAGGGGGUGCCGUUUCACCAACUGCCUCCUCAGUUUCACAAGAUCGCAGAGCGGCUGAAGGCUCUAGAGCAGGAGGUGUCUGGAGGAGCCACAGCAGUUGUUGCCCUCAUCCUAAACAACAAGCUGUACAUCGCUAAUGUGGGUACCAAUCGUGCUCUGCUCUGCAAAUGUACCCCUGAUCGGCAGAAUCAGGUUAUUCAGAUUGGACGCGCUCACACAACCGACAACGAGGAGGAGCUUGCAAGACUGACCCAGCUGGGUCUGGACCCGGCUCGGUUGAGACAGACAGGACUAAUAACAGGUCAGAGCAGCCUGAGGAGGAUUGGAGACUAUAAGGUCAAAUUCAGCUACACAGAUAUCGAUGUGCUGAGUGCGGCCAAGAGUAAGCCAAUCAUCGCAGAGCCUGAGAUUCACGGCGGCCAGACGUUGGAGGGCGUGACAGGCUUUCUGUUGCUGAUGUCAGAAGGGCUCAUUAGGGCCCUCGAGGCUGCCCACGGCCCUGAGCAGGCCAAUCAGGAGAUGGUUGCCAUGGUGGCAGCAGAGCUGGCCCAGCAGAGCAGUCUGGAGGCAGUGGCCCAGUCAGUGGUGGAGCGCGUUAAGCGGCUUCAUCAUGACGCCUACGCCAGUGGCAGACAGAGAGCACCGCACUGCUCCCGACACGAGGACAUGACCCUCCUCAUACGCACCAUUAAUUACCCUCUAUCAGACGGCUCACUCACGCCCACUCAGGGUGGCCGAAUUUACCCAGUCUCUGUGCCCUACUCCAACAGUCAGAGCACUAGUAAGACCAGUGUGACCCUCUCUCUGGUCAUGCCCUGUCAAGGCACACUCACUAAUGGAACCAACACCGCCUCCACCCUCGAAGGAGGCACUCCAACGCCAGGGCAGAGUCCCACAGCCACGCUGCAGUCCACCAACACACAGACGCAGAGCUCCAGCUCCAGCUCAGGCGACGGCAGCCUCUUCCGCCAGCGGGGCAGCCAGGCAGCACAACCGGACGAGACAGGCCGUGUGCCGCCAUACGUGGACUUCACUCAGUUCUACCGGAUGUGGGGGACUGAACACAGUGAGGGUCCAGGGCAGGGUGUGCUGGGACCCCAGUGAGGGUGGGGGUGGGUUGUGGUGCUCAGCCCUUGUCGUAGAGAUCUACCUUCAUGCAGAGUUCAGCUGCAGGCCACAUCUAACAAGGGUCACAACUAACUGAUGAAACUAUUAUGGCAUGGACAGUUUAAUCUUACUUUGCCCUGUCACCUUACUGCAGUCAUUCAGAAUUCUGUGUGUGGAAGUGAUUGCUUGCUUGAUCUGAAUGACCAUGUCAUAAGAACAUAGACUUCAUAAGUCAUUUGUCUUUCAGUAGUUGGCAUGUCAUGCCCACGUUAGGAACUCCAGAUUUAAGCAGAUUUCUCUAUGGGAAAAAUGAAAAAAGGGCUUUUUCAGAAAUCACUGCUUUUGCCCCUUUUGGUAAACAAUAGUGUUCCACGGCUGAUGUGUUUUGCCGUAUGGAUAUUGUUCUGAUUGUUGUUAUAUGCAGUAAAAUAAAUAUUCCUAUAUUUAGAAUGCAUUAAUAAUGCAUCCUUCAUUUUAAAUGCAUGUGAAAGAUCAUACUGUUAGGAACGAUGAGAUGUAGUUCGUUGUUGUGCACCUUAGCAUGGAGGGAAUUUCGAUUACAACCAAAUCAUAAUAUACUGCACUUCAACACAUUUUCUCAAUGUAAUGAUUAACGAUUAAACAGUUCGAAUAGCUGUUUAGUUUAUUAUGGGGAAGAGGGCAAUGAAAGCUUUGUGGGGAAAAAUAAAUGGCUGCUAUCAGCCUUGUGGUAAACAAAAUGUUUCAGAGCCAAAAUGUUUGUCUUAUGUACAUGGCUCUGAAUUAUGAGGUCAUUAAGGAGCCAAAAUACAGCUGUUGCUGUAUGCAAGGUAACACAGCUGUGCCCUGUACUGAAAUUGUUCGAGAAAAAUAUCCCACGCAUGCCAGCAAACUUUGUCAAAUGUGCCAGUUACAUUUAGGCUGUGGUUUUAGUAGCUGGUGUUGGUAUAUAUUAGUGUCAAAGUCAAGUACAUGACUUAUUUACAUGCAAUGUCAUUUCAGUGCACAGGAGUGUUCGCUUAUAUAUAUAGCAUAUAUGUAGCAUUCAGGUUUUGACUGCUAAACAACCUCAUAAUUGAAUCCACUGACAUUUGGGGGGAAAAUAUACACAGAACAAAAUGCUUUGGGUUUGGAGCAGUUUUUGAAAAUGCCAUUCAUUUUUCUCAACUGCUUAGUUCCUAAUAUGGGCAAAAGACUGACCACAGACUUGCUUCAGGGGUGAGUUAUUGUGCAUUACAGGGGGCUUUUGUUGCCUUUUUCGCAUAAUCUAAAUAAACGAAUAGGCUAUUCAUCAGCUAAUCUUUGCAUCCAGUACUUCAACUCCAGCCGAUCUAGGUCUUCAAAGAUUGGUUGGAUCAGGUGCAGCACGUUAAGGUUCAAACUGAACUCUGCAGGAAGGUGGUUCUCUAGGAGUAUGGUUGUUGACCCUGCUAGAUUGAGGUAGUUAGGAGAAGCAGGUAUGCUUUCUGAAAGUGGAGUCCAGCAGCUUGCAGCAGUACAGACCACAAAGGAAAACAAAGAUUCUAGGCAUGGGAUCCAGCAUGUGGUCCCGUUGCAUGCUGCUCUGCAAACUUGCUGUCUUCGAUAAAGACUUUAUUAAGUGUGAUAGUAUUGAUCUCCAGGUGAUAGUGUGGCCUGGAUUCACAGUAUCUACUUUUUCCUCAUGUUGUUUUCAGUUGGUGAACAAAUGCAAAAGAUACCUCUGAAAUUAGUGAACGUUCUUCACUCCAAUAUUACAUUUUGGUUACUAUUGCAUAACCCUGAGCCAAUUGGUUUAUCCAGGCGCUUAUAAAUGCAUUCUUUUAUGGACAAUGUUGCCAGAUUGAACACACUUUACAAAAUGUAGGCAAAAAAAAAUCCAUGCAAGCUUACAAGCCAGCAAUUUUUUGUCAAAGUGAAUACAUUUAGAGUGCAUUAUUAAUUUAUUAUUCAUUAAUUUAUGAUGUUAGGAUAGAUUGGGUGUUGUGUACAUUGAAAUAAUUCCCUAAUAAUGUAAUAACCCAACAAUGUAGUACAUUUUGCACUUGAUCAAAAAUGUAAUAAGGAAUUAUAGUUAAUUAGAAAAUGUAAUAUAUCCCAAUAAUAUAUUAAUGUAUUACUUUAUAAAGCAUUGUGCUAUAUUAAUGGGAAAAUUACAUUAUUGGUUUUUAUUGUAUUUUUGAAAAAGUGCUACAUUUUAUUAUGUUGGGACAUUAAUACAUUAUUGGUUCUAGGUAAUAUUCUGGCAAAUGCUGAAUUCGCUAUGGUCCCCCUACAAGUUGAAUAGGAUUUGCUUGUCCAAACUGGCGACAGUAGAGUGCAUUUGUGGGCGGAGCAUGGAUAAGUCAAUUAGAUCCCAUUCCACACAAAAUCAUCUUCUACUUGUAGCAGUUCUUCUCAUCUUUGUGGACCUUGAGACGGCUGGAUUUGGUGCCAGGAGAACCGUAACGCGUGAUUGGCUGGAAAGUUGUGAAAUGCUGAGGAAGCCUCGGGGGAAUGGAGCAUAAAAGCAGAGUUUAUGAAGAGUGAAAGAGUUUGUUGUCAGCUUUGUAGUCAAGGUGAGCUGUAGACACGGCUGCUGGGGGGUCCGCAUGGUGAUAUCACUUUGUGGGCUGCGUUUGCAGCCUCAGACUGACUCAUAGCAGAUUCAACUGAGUAUUGAAAAGGGAAUGUGUUUUCUGCCACGUGUUUAUAGGCAGCAUUGCUCUCACUCUCGGCAGAUGUCAGGGGACCCGUUUGCCUACAUUUGAAUUCAAAAACAUGCUUUUAUCAGUCUGAAGUGACUCUAAUAUGUAGACUCAGUUUGAAUAAUCUGCUAAUUUUUACUAUUGUUAUUGUAUUUUGCAGCUGGCUGGGUCUCACUCAGUAUGUGACUCGAGGGCAUUUAAGGAAAAAAAAAGCAUAAAGCAUCUUUACCGAAUUUUCUGAAUUGAGUACAGUACUUUCCUUUUAUAACGAAUGUCAUGUAAUGGCAGUGCCUCCAUAGAUUACUGACAGCAGAACAGCACAUUCUCUCUCACCUUCCCUCACUCCCUUCUUCUCCUAGCUCUCUUCUGUUACUCUCCCCUUGCUCUGUCUUCCUUUCUCUUCUGUUUACAUUCAUUUCUUUCUCCAUCUCUUGCAUUCUCCCUUUCUUGCUCUGUUUUAUUUCUGUCACACUAGUUACUUUCUCUUCCUUUCUGUACCUAAUCUCUUUCUUGCUCGCCUCGCCUCUUCUCUUUUCAUUUACAUUUAUCUCUACUCCCUUCCUCUUUCGUCUUUUAUUCUUUCUCUCUCUUAUUUUGUCUGUUCUCUUUCUUGCUCUCUCCUUUUUAUCUUGUCACUAUCAUUUCUACUGUCCCUUUCUUUUUCUCUUUCUUGCGUUCCCUUCUCUUUCUUAUUUAUUUCCUUCUCCAUCUCUCUUCUCGGUGUCUCUGUCUUUCUAUUUCCUCCAUCCAUCAUGAAAAGGCGCUCUGACUGAUGUCAGGUUAUAAUGGACAGUCAGUGAAUGAGUGUUAGAGAGAGAGUGGUAGCUGUGUUGCUGACUCUACUGUACAUUUUAUAAAGGGGGGUUGAAGUUUGUUUUACAGUCAUAACAAUAUCUCUGAGCAGAUGUCUUUUAUAGUUUACGUUUGUGGUUUUGUCUUCUCUGUAUUCGCUUGUUUCUAGUGCCUUGCUGAAAUAAAUGAUAGAAACCGUGA